AUGGUUUGCGAUACUUUAGUCUAUCAUCCAUCGAUCUCCAGACUUAUAAGUCUUCUAGACACGACUGCCGGGAGAGAAAAAAUCUUGAGACUAUUGCAGUAUCUAUGCCGCUUCCUGGGAUACCAAUAUUCAUCGAUCUUGGCCAAGAAAUUGCAAACGGAGUUCACCACGGUGCGGAAGAUUUUACGAUUUCUCAAGCCUCUGAACCAUUUGCAGCUGGCUUCCAAGUUUUACGACAACAAGAUCUCAAACGACAACGUUGUGCGUGUCUUCAACGUGCUUAAAAACCUGGCCUACGCCGGGUAUUUGACGCUUGAUCAAAUCAAUUUGUUGCGCAUUUUGAAGCUUGUUCCAGUAACUAAAACGACAGGCAUUCAAGUUCCACGGUGGGCCAAUUGGUGCUGGUUUGCCGGACUAAUCAGCGGUCUGGUCUUGGAUCUCCGCAAGUUGCAGGUUACUCAAGAACACAUCAAGGUGCUUCUUGUCACUGACAACGACGAGAAGAAUAUGAACGCUUCAAAGCUCACAAAACACUACCAGGACCGGGCUGCUGCGCUCAAGAGAUUACUAUGGGACUCUCUCGAUACUUUCAUCGUAUUGAACAAUCUCCAAUUCUUGAAAUCGCCCGACGGCUCCAUUGGGUUGGCAGGUGUUGCCACUUCUCUCUUUGGGAUUCAAAGCUUAUGGGAAACCGCUUGA